GGUGCUCAGGCGGCUGCGGAGACCGGAGGCCGCAGCCUGAUCGCGGGAAUUUGGCGCCUGUUUUUUGUUGGUUGGGUGUUCUCGCCUGUGAUUGGGCCCCGGCCCCGCGUGGGUUAGCCCGGCUGCUGCUGGUCGGCCGACCUUGGCAGGACCCCGGCGGCGCCGUACUCGGCUGCCCUCCCGGGGAAUGGGCCACCAGGAGCCCCCGCUGGCCCGAGUGCGGGCGGGACGUGCGGCUUAUAUAAAAAGGUUACGUAAAGGGCUCAGCUGGCGCGAACACGUGGAGAGCCGCGGGAGUCCUGACGCCCAGUUGUCCCCCGAGAGCACCGCUGCCGUCACCCGUGCAGUAGCAGGUUCUGUCGCACGCCCGACCCGGGCCACGGUCUCUCGCGCGGCUAGGUACCCGAAGCAGCCCUGGCCCGGAGCGGACCAUCCCCAGCUGGGGGCCUUAGGGGGGAAACGCGCUGCCCGGAAGUGGAAGGGCGCAGGCCAGGUCACAAUCCAGGGUCCCGCUCCUCCGCGUCCCGGGACCGGACGGAGGGAUGAGGCAGGGGGGUCCCGGGCAGCGCCGUUGCUGCUCCCCCCGCCGCCCGCAACCAUGGAAACGGGGGAGGAGGACGGCGCCCGCAGAGGUACACAAAGCCCCGAGCGGAAAAGGCGAAGCCCAGUGCCGCGGGCGCUCAGCGCGAAGCUGAGGCCGGCGGCGGUGGCCCAGGCCAUGGAUCCGGUGGCGGCCGAGGCCCCGGGCGAGGCCUACCUGGCGCGGCGGCGGCCGGAGGGCGGCGGCGGGUCGGCGCGGCCGCGCUACAGCCUUUUGGCGGAGAUCGGGCGCGGCAGCUACGGCGUGGUGUACGAGGCAGUGGCCGGGCGCAGCGGGGCCCGGGUGGCGGUCAAGAAGAUCCGCUGCGACGCCCCCGAGAACGUGGAGCUGGCGCUGGCCGAAUUCUGGGCCCUGACCAGCCUCAAGCGGCGCCACCAAAACGUCGUGCAGUUUGAGGAGUGCGUCCUGCAGCGCAACGGGCUAGCCCAGCGUAUGAGCCACGGCAACAAGAGCUCGCAGCUUUACCUGCGCCUGGUGGAAACCUCGCUCAAAGGAGAAAGGAUCCUGGGUUAUGCUGAGGAGCCCUGCUAUCUCUGGUUUGUCAUGGAGUUCUGUGAAGGUGGAGACCUGAAUCAGUAUGUCCUGUCCCGGAGGCCGGACCCAGCCACCAACAAGAGCUUCAUGCUACAGCUCACGAGCGCCAUUGCCUUCCUGCACAAAAACCACAUCGUGCACAGGGACCUAAAGCCAGACAACAUCCUCAUCACAGAGCGGUCUGGCACCCCCAUCCUCAAGGUGGCAGACUUUGGACUAAGCAAGGUCUGUGCUGGGCUGGCCCCCCGAGGUAAAGAGGGCAAUCAAGACAACAAAAAUGUGAAUGUGAAUAAAUACUGGCUGUCCUCAGCCUGCGGCUCAGACUUCUACAUGGCCCCUGAAGUCUGGGAGGGACACUACACAGCCAAGGCUGACAUCUUUGCCCUGGGCAUUAUCAUCUGGGCAAUGAUAGAAAGAAUCACUUUCAUUGACUCUGAGACCAAGAAGGAGCUCCUGGGGACCUAUAUCAAACAGGGGACUGAGAUCGUCCCUGUUGGUGAGGCGCUGCUAGAAAACCCAAAGAUGGAGUUGCACAUCCCCCAGAAACGCAGGACUUCCAUGUCUGAGGGGAUCAAGCAGCUCUUGAAAGAUAUGUUAGCUGCUAACCCACAGGACCGGCCUGAUGCCUUUGAACUUGAAACCAGAAUGGACCAGGUCACAUGUGCUGCUUAAAAUUCAGGGCAAAACAUCUUGGGUGUUUUUAAACUAGGUUGAUCCUCGGGACCCACAGUCUCAUCAUGUCUCGCACAGAGGACGGCAGAGGGUACAGGCGGUGGCUUGGCCGGUUGGCGAUCUCCCAACAGCUGGAUCUCCAGCAAUGUGAAGCUUUUGUUUGGGUUUUCCCCCUCCUUUUAGUUUUGCUUAAUUUUUUUAUUUUCUGUCUUCCUUCCACCGCCCCCCCCUUUUUUUUUUUAAUUUCAACGAUUAAGACUUCAGAAGAACAGGAAGCUAUGCUGUGGACAGGCACCAAUUUCUUUAAAGAAACUCAAUAUGGACAAAGUAUAUGUAUAAAUUUCAUUUUUAAUUUUUAUAAGGGGUUAGGGAGCUAUUUUGUUUUUGUCCUUUAUUUUUCCUGUCUUCUUUCUUUUACCCAUCUCUUAGUUCUGCUUAUAACACCUCACUUCUCCAGAGAAGGCCUGCCCCUCCAUGGAGAAUUUGGGGAUUUCUCCUGGAAUGGGGGGCAUGAAGCCAGAAGGAGGCCUCUGUGCUGCCUCCCCACCAGGUGCAGGAACUGCUGGACUCCCUGGUGGCCUGCUCCUGGCUGGCCCUUGGGCCUUGGAGAUGAUCAGAGGCCAAGAACCACCUGGAAGGGGAGGACCAGGGCUUGGCCAGGAGAACUCGAGAAAGAAGAUCUGUAUUUUGGGUAUGUCCUCUUGAAGCAGUUGGAAGCCCAGGGCCACACCAGGACUUACAGAGGGAAUCCAUUCCCUCUACUGCCCUUUAAAACCAGGAGUUCUGAGGGGGGAAGGGACAGAGGGUGAUCAUCUCGUACUGCCUGGCGUUUGAACGGCCAGCCUACCCCAGCUCUACAAGCCUACCUUUCUGUUAGUGAUCUUCCUCCCAGAGGAUGAUUCCCAGAAAAAACUGUGUGCCAAACCUCUGCCUGGGACACAGCUGGGUCUUCGACAGGCAUCUGUCACUCCUGUGAGCUCAGCUCCCGUCACCUCCUGCCUCCUGGAUCGUCGUCUUCCCAGAUGUACCCACCAGAUGUCCAGGUCGUCAGACACCGCCUGAGUCCCCACGACCCAGUUGUGACCAUUGCCAUAAGAACAGGGUGUCCUGAACCAGCUGCCGCUAUCAUCUCCUCACAGUGAGGGGUGUGCCCUGUGUGCCGGCCCCAUGGUGUCACAUAUGGUGACAGUGCCGAGCAUCAUGUCCCUCACUGCAGGGACUUACUGUUAGGGGCUACCCUCAGUGGAAAUGUGUCUGAUGGGAAAGGAUGGACCUGGCUGACGGGGUGGACCGUGGCCAUUAGGUGCCUGUGGGCUUGUCGGCUGUGACCCUGUGACCCCACCUCCAGUGUCUGUCUGUAGCCUUUCUUCCACUCUCCAACGACUCUCGCAACCUCCCUACUCCUGGGCUUCUGAAGUGGGGUGUCCUCUCCCCUUGCCAGGAGAAGGAGAGCUGUCCCAGUUGCCCCUCACCUGGCUUCUCACCCCAUUACAGCAAAGCAAGGAAGGGAAAAGGAAUUCUUCUUUUGUGUUUAGUUGUUUUUGUUUGUUUUCUCUAAACCAGCAUAGGAUGGAUAGGAGAGAUGUUGGAGGGCAUUUAAGUUGGUAUGUGACCAAGGAGGGCUUCCCCCCGGAGCCGCAGCCCUUCGGCCCUGGGAGUUUGGGAGAGACCAGCACAGCAUCAGCCCAGACUUGCAAACUCAGCAAUAUGUUUGCUCACAUUCUUUCCGCCUUUUCUCAAGUCCUCUUCCUCCUCCUGGGCAGAUGGCUAGCUGUGGUUAGCAGGAUCCAGCAGGGCAGCAGGAGGUGACCAGGCCCCUCCCUCCCCUCCCUCAGCUGAAAUUCUUUGUCAUCACCUGUCUCUUCCCUCUGAAUUCUCAGACAACCUAGAGUCUACUCUGAGCUGCAGCUGGGAGAGCACAUCCCCUAACUGCAGUGUGCACCCCUUCUCUGCCCCACCUCCCCGCCUUCCCUUGGGGGCAGCUGUCUGUCUGUCCAUGAGCACAUGGGAAAAACAGUCCCCGGACUUGGCACCCUCACCUGUCCCUGGCCGCAGCCCACACUCUGAAGUCCUAGUGAGGGUUCAAGCCUAACAGGUUAUUUACCUUUUGCUUAUCCUUCCCUUCCGCCCUCCCCAGGUCUCUUAGCUCUGACUAAGGUCUUGGAGCUGUAGGUCACAGGUGGCCAUACCUUUCGGGUGAGGUGGGCAGCCUCGGUCGGGGUAGCCAGCCUCCACGUACCCUUGUCUUGCAGGACGCCCAGCCCGUCCUUGCUUGGUGGCAAGACCUCCUUCCCUAGCUCCUGAGGCCCGGCUUGUUAGCCCCAAGUGCCUGUCUCUCUUCUCCCUCCCCUGUUCUCCACUCAUCCACCUCGGACACCCAGCAGCCGGGUGGAAGUCAGCCCGAAGUCAAGGCUGGCUCUGCCCAGUCGGCAGACUAGCCUCGGUUAGGCCCAGGUAGCCGUCCUCUCCCUUAGCCACUCUUCAUCUCUUCCCAUUGGAGUCAGCCUUGUCGUCUCUUCCUGCCUUUUACCUGGGUCUCGGGCCUGGCAGCCGCUCUGGGGAUCAUCAUCUCAGCGCCACCAAUUUGUUAGUCCUGUCCAAGUUCUAGGAGUUUCCAACCCUUAAAAUAGCAGUCAGUUAUUCUUGUCUCCUGGGAUCUGUGAAAAGGAUAGCCUUUGGAGGGAGGAUCUGGGCCUCAGCCCUACGGAUCUGAGCUCCAUCCCCCCUCAGUGAGAGGAAUCAGCAAGACAGAUCAUAGUGCCUUAUUCCAUUGCCCUCCCCGCCCGACCGCCUGGCUCAGUUGGCAGUACAAGGCUUCUUUCUCCCUCUUGGUGUUCAUCUGCCACUUAAACUCUCACCCCCUGCCCACAGUUAGCCUCGUGGGAGGAUGAACGCCCCAGUCUUCGCCCCAUCCCUUCCUAAGAGCUGCAGCCAGGCACGUGACCCCCAGCCACCACAGGGCGCUCACUAGCAGCUUCUGCUGGGGACAGGGCCGUGCUGCGGACAGGUGCACUCUCGGCCACCUCCUCCCCAGCAGGUCCCGCCUCUUACCUCCAGCCGGGAGGACGCAGUCUCUUCCUCGGAGACCAGCUCCAUCUGACCCCCUCCUGGACACCGGGGCUAAGGUCGCAGGCCUUAGCACCCUCUCAUCCCAGAGGUACUGGGACAAGAGAAUGGAAUUCUUUCCUCUCACCCACGUGUGGUUCAUGCCCCCAUGGCUGCCUUCCUGAGGGAGUGUAUUAAAUGUUUACUUAAGAAAUACCGUGUUUACAGCUGGAGGAGAAACGUGCCCCAUGCUGGGUGGAGAUUUGACCCUCUGGACGGCGCCUGGCUCCUUUAUGGCACUGCCAGUGGUGACCCCAGAGCGAAUGAAGGCAGGGGGCCGGGGCACAGGCCCUGCACCCCCUCUGCCCCCGACCCUGCGGUGCUAAGACCACUCACCACCUUCCUCACAGCCUUCAUUCCCCGCCUCUCAUUCUCUUCCUCCAGGAUCUCGCUCCUUAACAUAUCAGUUAUCUCCUAGAAAACCAGUGUUUGGAGCAAUAAGAUAAUUUUUUUUUGCUUGAGUCUUUUUCUAAGAAAAGGAAAAGAGCGGGCACUGUGGGAAUCUUUCUUUUCCUGCUGUUGGCUGUUUACCUUUUUAGAAGACAGAUCUUACUUGGGUGGAUGUCUGGGUUUCAGCCUUAGGAAGCUUGGAGGGGUAGGAGUCGGGCCUCCACCCCUAACCCUCUGCUCCGCCACCCGGGCUCCCAGCCCUACCCACCAAGUGCGCCACCCACCUUUGCUCCUCGUGUGCCGCUCCCUCCCUGCCCAUCUUGGGGGCACUGGUGGCUCUGCCUCUAAGUGGGGCUCUGGUUCUUGCUCCUUCCCUCUCCUGGGCCUGUCUGGGGGCCCAGCUGCUGGAGUCUCCUAGGCCCUGGCGACCUGAGAAGAGCUUACCCUGCUCCGCUCUCCAGGCCCCAGGCUUGGGGCUGAGGCACAGCCUUCGGGACAGUGCGGGCCGUCUCUGAUCCUGCCGUGCCAGGCUUAGAUGGCCGGGGCUCCUGUCUGGAGAGAUGCCCUGGGAGGCGGGGGACCAGGAUGUGCUGUGAGGUUGGCUGAUAUCAGCAUCCAUGGCCGAGGGAUGAGUCCACUGCCAGCAGCUCCAGGAGUCCUUAGACUGGGGGUAACGGGAAGGAGGCCCCCGCGUCUUUUUCCCUGAGAGGCCACAGGAGGAAGGGAGUUCAUUUAGGGACAUUUUAAAGAAAUCUUUUUGUGUACCAGGCGCCUCUUUCCAUCAGAGCAGGGGAGAAUGUUGCUGCAAUGAUUCAUAUUCAUGUGGGGCCGACUUGGGUGUGAGGGAGGGUUUAACCCAGGCACAAGGUUAGUUUCAAAGACUAGUUAAUAAAUCUAUUUUCUUUAUUUUCUUUUUUUGCACAGAAGCUGGUAAUCUAGGACCUACGUGUGAACAACUUUAUAUAUGAAUAUUUUUUGUACUUGGUUUACUUGGGUUGGUAUGAUACAUUAUAUUUAAGUUCCUUGAACACUGUGGAUCCCCCUAAUGUGUAUGAAUGACUGAGGCUUUGUAAAUUAAGGGACGUUUGUGUGAAUAAAGUUAUUUGAUGGGGUCAAAGAAGCCA